UGGUCAAAUCGCAUUUGUACGACAGCAAAAUGACGACGUUGUUCUCGCUUUUUCUCCUCUUUCAUUUCCCCCUGUGCCUCGGAAACCCUAACCCUAGACCUGACCGGGGAGCAGAACGAGAGGGACGGAGACUGAAUACGAAGCUCUCGCUUGUCGAUUCAGUUCUUCGGCCAUGAAAAGGGCAAUGCCUUGGAGUGAUGAGGAAGAUGACUCUUCAAAAGAGUCAUCCUCCCUCUCAGGUUCUGAAUCUGAUGAUGUGGAUGGGAAGACGAAAGGAAAAGACAGCUCAAAAGCUGACAAACUUUCCAAAGCAAAAUCACGUGAAGGAAAAUCAGCAAAGAGGAAGAGUAGUGCAAUGAACUUUGAAGCAUUAAAGCAGCACGGAUAUAGAGGGGGUCUAUCAGUGCUCGGUGUGCCCCUGCCGAAGGAGGAAAUUAAACAGGACUGGUCUUGGUCCACGGGCAAGGAGAGCCGUGAUAAGGAGGCAGUUGAGGAAUCAUAUGAGGAGCGACAGAAAACAAGAGCGGCCCUAGCAAAUGGGGAGGAGUUGGUUGGGGUCCAGUCUCGGAAAGAGAAGAAGAAUGAAUCCUUCUCACAGAAGGAGAAGAGGAAACGGGACCUCGGGCAGGCAAGCAGAGGGAAGAGUUAUGUUGAGGAAGAAAAGAGGCUGCUAAGGGACAGCGGCGUCUACUCGGGUUUCGACACUUGAUCUUUUUAAAUUGGAUGAGGCUAAACUUGGGGGGCUAGAUCUCUUAUGUAAAUUAAAAUCACUGUUGUGACCUGUAAUUUGCUGUUCAUUUACAAUUAGGAGAUACUACUUGAGAAGAGAUUUGAUGCCUGAUUGCGCUUGAAAGGCCGCCUACGGUUUUGUUGUAUGUCGGCUUAGUAAUUCUUCUACUAGAAUAACCUGUGUGGCAAGCCAGUACUUUUAUCUCCUAA